AUGGCCGCGCUGCCACAUGACCAUUUAGACAAGCUUUCAUGGGGUCAGCGAAUUCUCUUUCUGAUCCUUGGCCUAGAUCCACUAUUCGCACUGUUCUCCAAAUUGAUGUGUCGCAGCUACGACUCAUCGGAACGCCUUAACAGCAACGAAGACCUCAGGAGCAAUUUGGAAGCCUGGAGCAUCGAGGUACGUGUGUGCCUCUUUGUUGUGUUGCGCCUAUCAACUGCACACAAGCGCCUACUAGACGCAAUACCAUUUAGUCAUUGUGACGACUAUGCACGUGUCACGGCGACCUCGAACGAUGUGUCAUGUACCUCGUCUCAUGCCACAGAUUUCACGAUUCCUUCAAGCACACAUCCUUCAAGGGUGUGUCUGGCCGGAAUCCUCAGUGAGAUGCGCCAGCCUUAG